ACAAGCCGAAAUAUCAGAAAGUCUCCACAUCAGUUGUUCAGUCCUCCUGAUCCUAUCGCUGACUAGGAUAUGUUUAUUUUCAAUUAGGCCACGAUGUUGAAAGGAAAGUAUUUUAUGAACCUGCCCGCCUUGUCGUGCAUAUCGCGACGUAACAUAAAAGUGUCAACAUGGUCUCCAUUGGCCACGGCGUUCAAUACGCCACCGAUACAGUCUAUGAAUAUUAUGAGAAAUGAGACGGGACUGUUCAACAUACCAGAGCUCCGAUCAUUUGAGGGUUUUUACCUACUACGAGAAAAUGCAAUUCAUCGAACGGAUGCGCUAAUAGAAGAGGCAAUAUCGCACACCAGGAAGAGGAAGAUGGUUGAGAUUUUCGACGAAUUGUCAGACGUUCUGUGCAAAGUAGCCGAUAUGGCGGAAUUCAUCCGGCUAGCACAUCCAAAGUCCCGAUAUUCACAAGCUGCUGAAGACGCAUGUAUAUCGAUAAGUGGAAUAGUUGAAAAAUUGAAUACACAUAAACCGCUUUUUAAAGCAUUAAAAAAUGUCGUCGACAACAAGGACAUCUUCCCAACAACGGCCGUCGACGACCAUGUAGCCAAACUGUUUCUUUUCGAUUUUGAACAAAGCGGUAUUCAUUUAGAAGAGAAUUUAAGGCAAAAAGUUGUUCGUCUCAAUGACAACAUUCUGCAAUUAGGACAGCGGUUUAUGGCAGGUGCGGUUAGUCCUCGAUCCAUUCUUAAAUCUGUCUUACCUGAAGAUAUUCGAAAAUAUUUCUCUGUAGAUGGGGAGAAUGUUUUGGUGUCGGGUCUAUAUACGGAUUCGCAAAGCGCACUAGCCCGCGAGGCUGCAUAUCGGUUGUACUUAUAUCCGGAUAGCCAUCAAGAACAGCUCCUGUCUGACUUACUACGAUGUCGUUAUGAAUUAGCUAGAACGUGCGGAUUCGAGACUUACGCUCACCGAGCCCUGAAGUCGAGCACUGCCGAAACUCCAGGCAAUGUGAUCGCAUUUUUAGAUGAAUUAUCUGAAGGACUCCGAUCACGAGCUGAUAAAGAUUUUGAAAUAAUGUAUCAACAUAAGGUGAAAGAUUCAGGAAAAAAUCUGCCACUGGCAGCUUGGGAUACUCCAUAUUUCACAGCAAAAAUAAAGAAGCAGUGGUUACAAACUUCACCAUCCGAAUUCACGCCGUACUUCAGUUUGGGCGGCUGCAUGGAAGGCUUGAAUAAUUUGAUGCAAGCACUUUAUGGCAUCACUUUACAAAAUACCGAACUAGAGCCAGGUGAAUGCUGGAGCAAUGAUAUUUACAAACUGGCUGUUACACACGAGAGUGAAGGUCUUCUCGGAUAUAUUUAUUGUGAUUUAUUCGAACGCAAUGGAAAACCCAACCAAGACUGUCAUUUUACUAUUCAAGGCGGCAAGCGGCUGCCAAACGGAGAAUACCAAAUACCAAUUGUGGUAGUGAUGCUUAAUCUAAAUCAUCCCCGAUGGUCUGGGCCAACUUUGCUAACGCCGGGAAUGGUUGACAAUUUGUUCCACGAAAUGGGGCAUGCCAUGCACUCAAUGCUAGCUCGGACAGAAUAUCAACAUGUUACAGGCACUAGAUGUAGCACUGAUUUUGCUGAAGUUCCAUCUGUGUUAAUGGAAUACUUCGCUGGAGACCCUAGAGUCCUCCGGUCAUUUGCGCGACAUUUUCAAACGCAGGAACAAAUGCCCGAUGAUAUGUUGCAAAGAUUAUGUGUUUCUAAAAAUAUAUUUUCAGCGAGUGAGACACAAUUGCAAGUUUUUUAUUCUGCAUUGGAUCAAUUUUAUCAUCGUAAACCGCUGGCCGAACAAAGUACAACAGACGUGCUUAAGGUUGUUCAACAGAAAUACUACAGCCUGCCCUAUGUGGAAAACACGGCUUGGCAAUUACGCUUCUCGCACUUGGUCGGAUACGGUGCUAAAUAUUACUCGUAUCUUAUAUCUCGCGCAAUAGCAUCCUGGAUUUGGCAAACUUACUUCAAAGACGAUCCAUUUAGUCGAUCAGCUGGAGAAAAAUAUCGACGUGAAUGCUUAUCGCAUGGUGGAGGUGUUCCGAGCCGACAAUUAGUAGCGAAUUUCUUAAAACGUGAUGUCACUCCUGAGAAUCUUUCUCAAAGUCUAAUCACAGAGAUAGAUACCAACAAUGACAAAAUUAAGGAGAUGAGUCGCGACUUUGAUAUUAACUAGAAAGUGAAUAAUCGACUGUGUCGAUGUUUUUAUUUUAACAUUGUAUUUUAAAAAUAAUUAAAGAAGGAUAUAAACGAA